AUGGGUUGUCGCAUUUCUUCUUCGAACAAUGAAAACCUGUUCACACCAACGGAAGACAGUGAAAUGGCCACUACAAGCCACCAACCGAGCGUGGAUUACAAAGCGCGCCUAGAGCGGAAGCAGUGCCUGGCAAAGGAAACACCGGAACCAAUAUACGAUUUGGAGGAUUGCAAUCUGAAAGAUGUGCCCGCUGGUGUGUUCGUUAUGUGCAAGGUCCUGCGAAAGGAUGCCCUCACACUGGCCAAGAAUAAGCUAUCCUCCCUGGCCGCGGGUGGCACACUGGACGAUCUACUCUUACUGCAAUCGUUAAACCUUUCAAACAAUCGUUUCAAGAAGCUGCCCGAUGAUAUAUACAAACUAGAAAACCUCAGGGAACUAUUUUUAGCGAACAACGCCUUGGAAAAGCUACCGAUAACGAUAGGACGACUAAAGAAAUUGGAACUGCUCAAUCUUUCAGCGAACAAUCUAGCGAACGUAGAACAGAUAGCGUUCAUGACCAACCUUAGAGUGCUGGACAUUAGCGGCAAUGUACGUCUUUCUCAGCUGCCCAGCCAGCUGGCAACGUGUGAUAAUCUCGUAGAUAUUGUGCUCGAUCCGACCUACAUAGUAAACCCACCGGCAGAUGUAGUGGCCGGCGGCACAUAUGCCAUCGUAAAGUAUCUUUCGACCGGUGAAUUCCAUCAAGAUCCGAGUGGGAAAACCGAACCCGAUGGCAGCGUCGCGCUCGAACGGCAGAAGGCAACCACGUCCGCUUUCCUUACGAGCGAACGUAGCGACCAACGCCAGCAGGAGCUGGCCCGCGAUCGGUACGAGAAGGAACGGAAGCUACUCGAACGCGAACGGUUGGCGUUCGAGAAGGAUAUGCUAACGGAGAGUAAGCUGCACGAACAGCAGCAGCUGCGGAAACAGAUGCUGCUACAGCAACUGCUCGAACAACAGAACCAAAACGAAACGCAGGUGCACAAGCUGCAGCAGGAAAAGCAGACGGAAAGAGAACGGCUUAUCGAUAACAUUAUGAAAGAUGAUCAAAAAUCGAGCGAGUUGGUAAACAAUCUACUCGCGCUAAAGAAUGGUCCCGAUCCGGCUUUCCUCGAGCAGGAACGUGAAGAGCAGAAACGGCUGCUCGAGCAUCUGCACAUCCAGCAGAACGAUCUGCGCAAACAGGAAGUACUCGGUGCGAUGACCAACCUGCUCGAGAAUGAAAUCAACAUCAUACAAAACUUUCACAAUCAACGAGAUCAAUCGUCGCGCAGCAUACUCGAGCGCGAGUACGAAACGAACAAUCUGCUGAACAAUGUGUUUUUGAACUAUGACAAAAACCGGCAAGAUGUAAUCGACCAGAUAACGUUCGACGAGGAUAUACAGAAGAGCGCUGUGGCGGCGUUGAUUGCACGGAACGAUUCACGCACCUGGGGUUUGGUUGAGCAGGUGCGAAUUGUUGAAACGCAGCUGGCCGCACUAACGCUGUACGAGAUCGAACGCAAGAAGGUUAACCAGGACGAUCAAAUUAUUAAUUUGACCGAUCAACGAAUCAAUUUAACGUACGUUCUUACGGAUUUGCUCAAACAACAGGACCAACGUAAACAGCAGCUGCUGGAUACGCUCAAGAUAAUUGAAAAGCAAAAGGAAAAUGAACAAACCGAUUUCUGGUUGCUACAGUACCAGCGCCUUCUUGAUCGACAGCCGACGGAAGUUUCGCACGAUACCGCCUCGAUCGAUCCUGUGCUGGGUUACCAAUUUUUAGCGAACGGUGUAGUGCACUGUUUGCCAUUCUUGUCGAAAAUAUGGCAAAACAAGGACAAGGAAUUGUGCAACGUCACAGAGCAGGAUUUGAUGAAUGCCGGCGUACAAAACCCUACAGAUCGGCACGGUAUUUUGCAAUCGAUUGCCAACUAUUACGAUUAUUUGAACGGUAGGAUUGACUAUCCGGAAGGGGAAUCGGCCACAGUUACGCCAAUGGCGACGGCACCGAUCGACGAGGACUACCAUCAUGAAGACGAACGUAGAAGAAGCUCGGUGGAGAUGGGUUUGGAAGUUGAAGCGACUUCAUCCGUGGUACCGACCGUUCCACGUGUUUCCACUGCCGGUGGUGUUGGUGGUAGAGCAUCCGGUCCAGCAUCCAACGAAGCGAUCAGUCCCGUAAGCGCUGGAGCUGUUGUGGCACAAUUUGCAGAAUGCGUUAUCUGUAUGGAACAAAUGGUACAAGUGAUAUUUUUACCAUGUGGCCAUAUGUGCUGUUGCUCCGGAUGUCACAUCGAGAUUCACGAUUGUCCGAUGUGCCGUGCCUACAUCGAGAGGAAAAUCAAAGUCAUACAGCCUUAG